GUUCACAGUCAUUCUCUGUUUUCUUUUGCUGGUUCUUUGACUUCUAAUCUGAAGUCUCACAGAGUCGAAGGCAACAGUCCAUAUCCAAUUCCAUGCCUUCCAGAAUUUCUAUUUCAUAUCCGCUAAUGGCUUCUUCACAUCAUUUUUGAUUUCUUCUUGCUUGCUUCUUUCCUUUUACUAAUUUCUUUCUUGCCUCUUUUUUACUUUCUCUGUCUGUCAUUUGUAACCCCAAAGCAAAAAAAGAAAAAAAAAUGGAUGCAAUUGGUACUGGUGCUGCUGCCAAUGUCUCUUCCGAGGCUGCCAAAGGUAUCUUCCACCAAGUUAAACGUUAUAUUAGAUAUGUAAUCUUCUACCAGAAAAUUGUUGACAAGUUCGAGCAGAAACAUAGGACGUUGAUUGCAAAAAGAACUAGUGUGCAGCAAGCUGUUGAUGUUGCAGAAAGGAACGGGGAGAAGAUUAAAGCUGAUGUUCCGGAUUGGCGCCACAGAGUGGAUGAGGUUAUCACUGAAAAGGAGAAGAAAGUGAAGGAUCUUGAAGUCAAAGCGAAGACCAAGUGCUUCUUUGGCUUGUGUCCCAACAUCAAGUCUCGCUACCAGCUUAGCAGGAAAGCUGAAGAAGCUGCUGCCACUUUUGAUGAGCUUAUCAAAGAUUGCCAAUUUGAGCGCGUGGGAUACCCUGAUGUUCCUGUACCCAUAGUCCAUCCAGACUUUGAGGCAUUUAAAUCAAGAGAGGAGGUUUUCGAUGAUAUCAUGGAGUCACUAAAAGAUGCAACAACAGGCAUGAUUGGAUUGUACGGGAUGGCUGGUGUGGGCAAAACAUCGCUGGUCAAAGAAGUCGAGAGACAACUCCAUGAGGUUAAGUUAUUCGAUUCAGUCGUCAGGGCAAUUGUAUCUCGAAGUCCUGACAUUAAGGAAAUCCAAGACCAAAUAGCAUACUCAUUGGGUUUGAAGCUUGAAGAAAACAGUCCGGUUGUAAGAGCCCGUAGAUUGUGUGAAAGAUUAAGGAAGGAGAAAAAUGUUCUUAUUAUUUUGGAUGAUCUUUGGAAGAAACUGGAUCUAGAGGAAGUCGGAAUUCCAUUUGGAAGUCGACACAAAGGAUGCAAAAUACUGUUGACCUCAAGAGAUCAAAAUGUUCUAAGCAAUGGGAUGGAUGCUACAAAGACCUUUGCACUCGGUGAUUUAGAAAACGAAGAAGCUUGGGAGUUCUUUAGGAAGACUGCCGGGGACAGUUUUGAAAGUGACGAGCAGCUGCGAUCUACAGCAAUUAAGGUAGCCGAGAAAUGUGCAAGAUUACCACUCGCCCUUGCAACAGUUGCAAGGGCAUUACGAAAUAAAAGUUUAUUUGUUUGGAGGGAUGCUUUACAACAACUACAGAGGCCUUACUUGGAAAAAAGCUCCAAUGAGAUAUCUGCUGAGGUACAUUCGGCUAUUGAGUUGAGUAUCAAUCAUUUAUCGAGUGAAGACCUCAAGCAGAUUUUCCUGCUUUGCAGUUUACUGCGUCGUGACACUAGGAUUGACAACUUGUUGAGAUAUGCUCAUGGUUUGGGUCUAAUUAAAGGAGUCAACACCAUGAAAGCAGCACGAGAUAGGCUGUUAAAAAUGCUGAGUACCCUCAAAGAAUCUUGUCUGUUGCUUGAUAGUAAAAGUGCCAAUGAGGAGUACUUUGAUGUGCAUGAUCUUAUUAUAUUGUAG